UUCGCAAUAUCUCCGUCUUCCAUAAAGGCGCUGGUGCAGGUGCUCUGUGUCUCCGGGGGAGGAUGCCAUAGGAAGGACGGGCAGGGGAAAGAAUGAAGGAAAACGCUGAGAUAGGAGAGCACAGGAUAUGAUAAGCAGGGUAUCCGAUUGGAAACGGUGCGGUGCGAGGAAACUGAGCAUGAGAGAUUUAUUGAAAGGGGCACUUUGAGCUAUUACUCCUGGUUGGCAAUAGUACUAUGAUUUGGUAUGUGGCCACUUUGAUAGCAAGUGUUUUUAGCACCCGAGGAACGGCAGCUCAAGGUGCCCACGGAGUGAGAGAGGAGCCCCAGUUUGUCACGGCCCGUGCAGGAGAGAGCGUUGUUCUGGGAUGUGACGUGAGCCACCCUCUAAACGGCCAGCAGACUCCCUAUGUCGUGGAGUGGUUCAAAUUCGGUGUGCCUAUCCCCUUUUUCAUCAACUUCCGCUUCUACCCUCCUCAUGUGGACCCUGAGUACGCUGGUAGAGCCACUCUGCAUGGCAAAGCAUCUCUACAGAUCGAGCAGGUGCGCUCAGAUGAUCAGGGCUGGUACGAGUGCAGGGUCCUCAUGCUGGAGCAGCAGUACGACACCUUCCACAACGGCAGCUGGGUUCAUCUUACAGUCAAUGCGCCCCCUACGUUCAUGGACACGCCACCGCAGUACGUGGAGGCGAGGGAGGGUGGCAGCAUCACUCUGACAUGCACUGCCUUAGGAAACCCCAAGCCCGUGGUCACCUGGCUGAGAGAGGGAGAUCUGCUGACCAGCAACAGGAAAUAUACGGUGAGUGAUGGUAGUCUGACGGUGCAGGCCAUUGCACGAGAUGACCGGGGAGCUUACAGCUGUCGCGCCUACAGUGACCAGGGUGAGGCGAUACACACCACCCGUCUGCUGGUGCAAGGUCCUCCGUACAUCGUAUCACCACCUGAGAACAUCACUGUCAACAUAUCCCAGAAUGCCCAAUUCACGUGCCAAGCAGAGGCGUAUCCUGGCAACCUGACCUACACCUGGUUCUGGGAGGAGGACAACGUCUACUUCAAGAAUGAUCUGAAGCUCCGUGUACGCAUCUUUGUGGAUGGAACCCUCAUCAUCUACCGAGUGAAGCCAGAGGAUGCUGGGAAAUACACCUGCAGUCCCAGUAACAGUCUGGGCAUCUCCCCCUCAGCUUCAGCGUACCUGACCGUGCAAUACCCUGCCCGUGUUCUGAACAUGCCACCCGUCAUCUACGCCCCAAGAAAAUUGCCCGGAAUCAUUCGCUGCCCAGUGGAUGCCAACCCUCCAGUUACAUCAGUCAGAUGGGAGAAAGAUGGAUACCCCUUAAGAAUCGAAAAGUAUCCUGGAUGGAGCCAAAUGGCAGAUGGAAGCAUUCGGGUGGCAGAGGUCACUGAAGACUCCCUUGGCACUUACACCUGUGUGCCUUACAAUGUCCUAGGUACCAUGGGACAGUCCCCUCCGGCCACUCUGGUGCUAAAGGACCCCCCUUACUUCAACGUGAGGCCCGGUGGGGAGUAUCGUCAGGAGGCAGGGAGAGAGCUGGUCAUUCCCUGCGCCGCUUCUGGGGAUCCUGAGAUCCCAACCAUUGUAUGGAGAAAGGUUGGGAAGCCCAGCAGAAGCAAACAUAACAUCUUGCCCAGUGGUAGCUUACAGUUUGUGUCUCUGAGCAAAGAAGAUCACGGGGAGUGGGAAUGUGUCGCCACCAAUGUAGUAACAAGCAUCACUGCCAACACACGCCUUUUUGUAAUAGGCACUAGUCCACAUGCGCCAACUAAUGUCCACGUGUCAGCGUCCACAAGCUCUGCGAACGUUUCCUGGGAACCUGGAUAUGACGGAGGCUUCGAACAGACGUUUUCCGUCUGGUACGGCCCGGUGAAGAUAAAAAACGAUUUAGGGCCUCAUGAUUGGCUGUCCAUUCCUGUGCCUGGCUCUCAGACGUGGUUGGUGGUGCAGGGGUUGGAGCCAAAGACUGCCUAUCAAUUUAGUGUGUUGGCCCAGAACAAGCUGGGCACCGGCCCCUUCAGUGAGGUAGUCACUGUGACUACAGGAGGGUAUCCUAUAAGUACCCCAGAACCACUGGUGCUUCUAACUCCACCACGAUGCCUCACAGCCAACCGGACGCAGCAGGGUGUAUUGUUGACAUGGCUUCCCCCAGCCAAUCACUCUUCGCCUAUUGACCGUUACAUCAUCGAAUUUCGACUGGGAGAAAGGUGGGAGGUUCUGGAUGAUUUGAUUCCCGCAACUGAGACUGAGAUCAUAGCAAGAGACCUCAUUCAGGACUCUUGGUAUGAAUUUCGAGCACUGGCUGUAAUGGAUGAUCUUGUCAGUGAGAGCAGUAAUGUGGUGGGAGUGUCAAGUACAGACCCGUUCCCUCCCACAGAGAUCUCAGACGAAGGGCUGGCCAGGCCAGUGGUGGCCGGAAUCGUAGCCACCAUCUGUUUCUUGGCCGCGGCCAUCCUCUUCAGCACGCUCGCUGCGUGUUUCGUCAACAAGCAGCAUCGCCGCAAGCUCAAACGCAAGCGAGACCCUCCACUAUCGAUUACGCACACAAGGAAAAGCAUUGAAUCUCCGCCUCCUCUUACUCCCUUGCCUGGCAUUGAGCCCUACUGGGAAGAGCCAGACAGGAGCAGCUACAGGCCCCCAUCUACCAGCCCUCAGCUGUCCUCUGGGAAGAUCAGUCCUGAGAGCAUCACCUCUUCCCGUCCCCCAUCUCUGGCCAGCGUAGGCGGCCCUGGCCUUUAUGUGAAGAAGUUGCCAAGCCCCAGGAAAGAGAAGGAGCUUUCACUCUAUAAGAAAACCAAGAGAGCAAUAACCAGUAAGAAGUACAGUGUAUCCAAACAUGAGGCCGAGGUCACCACACCCAUCGAGCUGAUAAGUCGCGGACCCGAUGGCCGAUUCAUCAUGGACCCCAAUGACACUGACACGUCCCUCAAGCCCCGGCGUAUUGAGGGUUUUCCCUUUGUGGAGGAAUCAGACUUGUAUCCUGAGUUCCGCCAGUCAGACGAGGAGAACGAUGACCCAGGUCCCCUACCCCCAGUCAUGGCCACCCUCAGGCCCCAGAUAUCCCCUGUGUCCUCCAGCCAGGAGUCCUACAUGCAGCCCCCAGCCUACAGUCCUCGGUUCCAGAGGCCUAUGGAAGGUAUGAGCAUCUCGGAGGGUAGUGGGCUUCAGGCCACAGGGCAGAGCCGGGUCUCCCAUUUUCACAGGGUCUUCCCUCCAGGGCCCUUCUACGGCUAUCUAGGUAGUGGUGCUGAGGUGGAGCUUCACCCUCCGUUUUACAUGCCUGAUGUUAGCCCACGUAGCUCUGCCAUGUCCUCGUCACCUUCAUACCCCCCCGAGGGGCAGUUCCGUCAUCCCACCAUCCCAGAGGAGAGGGAGGAGCUGAGGAUUCAUCAGUACGGUGCUUCUGGCCACGCCCUCCCACUGGUGCAUAGCCCUCCCUCCUCUCGCUCAACCGAGACCUGGCAGCCUCCUGACUUUCCCUUUCUAGGUCAGGAGGGUCCCCGUCUCACACUUCCACCACGUCAUUCCUCAUAUCUCCACCGGGACCUCCCUGAGCCCCCACCAUACCCCUCCCAUAGUCGCACUCUUAGCACCACUUCUCAGCUCCCUUCAAGCUCUGCUUUCCUCCAGCUGGAGGCCCCUAGAGCCCACCUAAGCAGAUCUUCUGGCAGGUUCCCGCCUCAGGGCCCUUCAGUCAAGCAUGUAACUAUGCAACAGGCCCAGACUCUGGGGCAGUUGAGACACACUGCCCACGGUAUGGGCGUACCAGUGUUGCCUUACUCAGGCGCCACGGCCCGCAUGGGAAGCCCAAGCACACUGCACAGUGAGAGCUCCGACGGCUGGAGGUCCGAGGCCCAGCCUUGGCUCAGCCCCAGGGCGGCACGAAGGAUGGAACUCGGCCUGCAACAGGUGGUCCUGCAGCCGUCGCGGCUCUCCCCUCUCACUCAGACCCCUCCCAGCUCACACGCCGGCUCUCCGGACAUCCUCGUACGCCCUCCUCCCCGUCCCAUCCUGCGGUCUUCCCGCUCUCAAGAGAUGCCCGAGAGUGCCCGUCAUCCCGUCAGUGUCUCCUUCUCCCGGAGGUCUCUUUCCUCUUCCCCCGCCACUUCACCCACCCAAGGCCAGAGUGGCCAACGGCCCAGCCUCAGCUAUCGCGCCCACAUGGCCUUUGCCACAGCAGCGGCCAGCUACCCCUCCCAGUCCCCUUCACCCCCCACGGAGAGCAGUGAUGCUUUCGGCCAGAUGCCAUCUCAGAGAAGGACAGAUGAGGAGAUGCUCCCCUCAGAACCCUCUCCAGGGGAGCAUCUAGGUGCCGUGAGAGUCCCUGCAGGGUCUGAGAGCUUUGAAGCACUGAUUUAUUAUUGUAUUAAUAAAGCCAAGAAAUCAACAGCCAACAAAAACAACAACUCCAGAUUCAAGAAAAGAACAGAUGUGUCCUCCUCUCAGACCCAGCAGCCGCAUGCAUCUCAGGCCUCCGAGCAACGAGAACAUCUCAGCUCUCCCUCAAAGAAAAAGUGGAAACGUCCACUUAGAAAGUCCCCAUGUCACCAUAUGUCCCCUCUGCUGCGUUGGCUUCACAACAGAGAAGACAGGAAAUCACUUCUGGCCAGUAUGGACCCAGUCCCUUCAAACUAUGGCUCUCUACUUUGAGAAAGCCUUGGGGUGGCUCAUCUUCUUGUCCAUUUAGAUCAAAUGUACAAUGGACAUGCUCUCAGUACUGUUUUGUAAUCAGUCUAAACUAGAUACGAUUUAUUAUCUUCUCCGUUUGGCACAAUAUCCUACACAUAUCUGUAUUUUCUGUAAAUUUACACAAAGGAUAAACGCUACAGGGGUGCUCUUUUAGAAAACAUAGAAAAGGACAGGAAAAGCUUUUUGGUUCAUUAAAAAAUAAACAAAAAAAUAAACAGAAUUCCAUUACAUGUUAGGAAAACUCCACUUCGGAUUACGUUAAACGGUAUUAAAUGUCAAAUUUGUGUAUAUUGUGAAGGAUAAAGAGUGUAGUACUCUGUACAAAUGUAUCUCUCAAGACGUGAUAGUUAAUACAGGGUUUCUUUUCUUCCUUCUACAAAAUAUACCUCAAAAAAAAAAGAAAAUAAAUAGCUAAAUAAUCUGGCACAUAUUUCAGCACUUCUACCAUAUUUUGUGCAGGCUAACAUUCGUCUUUUUUUGGCAGAGCUUUAACAGUAUUCCAGAACGUGAGGGUUUAAUAUAAGCUAAGAAAGUUCAAAAUAUGUUUUCCUUUGAAAAGUUAAAAUGAAAUAUAAAGCACAGAAUAUAUAGAUAAUAGCUAGCUGGCUGGGAAACUAGAUGAUAAAGUUUGAUAUUUUUAUGUCAGCCGAACCGAUUUUGAAUUUUAAGUAAAGGCAGGUAGAUGAGAAAACACUGAUUUAUUGUUUCAAAAUGAUUUACGUAUUUAUUAUAUUUUGGACAGCUUUAAGGCACUUUUUAACAAAAAAAAACAAAAAAAUAGGAUAGCUAAAUUGGUUGGAGGUAAUAUGAUAUUUGCCCCGUUAAAAGAAAAAAAUCAUGAGUAUGCGUUUUUCAAAUGUUAAGAUAACAAUAACAAAUGUAAUAUUUAUACCGAAGUAGAAUUAUUUGGUCCUUGUCUUGCACAAAUGUAUAGUUAGAAGUGGUGAAAUGCAUUAUUAAUCUUUCAGUAACUUCCUUGAGGAUAAAUAAUUUGACAUGUUGCUUUAGACAUAAACAAAAGGAAGUACAGUAGAUAUCGUGCAGACUAAUACAAAUAUCAGUCUAACAUAGCAAAGUGAAUUAAUCCUUACUUUAAUCGGUGGGAAAAUAAUCGGUGUUACUUUCUACUUACACAAGUGAACCUCGACUGUGUUCUUUUUAAAGCAAUUUGCAAGUAGAUUGUAUUGUAAUCUUUAGUAUUUGUCAUCCAUCACAGCUCAUCUGACAUAGCAAAGUUUGUGUUAUUACUAACGGUGAGUUUAGUAUUUUCGGAAGGAUGUUUAUUGACUCCAGACUUCACUAACAGCUGCUGAUCUGCUACCUAUACAGUAAAAGCUAACUGAGCGUCCGCAUUAAGUUUAACCGAUGGUGAAUGUAAGGUUUGCUCCUAGAAAAUCAGAUUAUCUGAAUAUUUUUAACGUGAUGUUUCUCUCUAUUUUAGCUCCUUAAGCACCCGUGCAUAUAACUCCAAAAUGAAUCUUCUCCAAAUGUUUAUGUUUAAUAAUGACGUACAGUGUUGGAAAUGGAUGAAAUGUCAUACAGUACUUGAAUCAGGCGAGGUACACAUAACGGUGAUUCAUUUCAGUGCAACGAGAUUUACAACAAAGCCAUUUUCGAAAAGGUCACAUUGAGUUUAGAGGAUUUGACUUGAGUGCCCAAAGGGCUCUUUAUACUUUCCUCCUUUCAUUUUAUGUAUCCAUUUUACUAAAUACUACAUACAACAUUUUAAAAAAGAAUACUCAAAUGAUGCUUAUUUGAUCUAUUCUCGGUUUAAUCAUUAGACUAAACUCUGGCUUAUUUCUAUGUAUGUAACAGCUAUAGUCUUUUUACCCCCAUAAGGUGUGUACCAAUUCGAAAGGCUGCUUUAAAGCUGUAGUCUCCUAGAGGAGAGGACCGUGGCUAUUUUUAGAUAUUCUUGAUUACAGUACCUGCCUUUAGCUGUCAGGAAAGCAGUAUUGAAUCUAGACUUUGCUAUGCGUUUUGUGAAGAACUCGUUGCUGAAUAAGUCCUACGAAAGCCACAUAAUGUUUACAUUAUCUAGAAAUAACGUGCAAAGAUGUAGGCACAUUGUACGCAUUAUGACUUGGUGCUAUGUCUUUUUGAACUCGUGGUGCUGUGGUUCAGAGGUUAACACAAACUCACGCACACUCCUCUGUCUUUAACUAACUAAACUAGCUCUGUUGUGGUUUCCUUUGUUGAGUAGGACUGCAAGCAAUAAAACCUCCCUCACAGGAACGGUCCUGUGCGCUCACUAUGGAAAUGGGAAAGGGGUUAUGUACUGUAAUAUUCAGCUUUGACAUUCAAAUAUGUUAUUAAAUGAUCGUUCGCUGUCAUCAUGAAUAAAAGCAAAGAUUCAUACAGAAAGAUGAAUUUGAUGACGAUGUAUAAUCUAUAAAGUGUACCCAACGGUAUGAAUUCAUUUUUAAUUAUUACAUUUUUCAUUUAGCAUGGAAAGGACCUUAUGACACAAGUUUUUGUUUUAUAGUGGGUUUUUUUUUUGACACAAUUGGAGAGAUGCAUCCUUGCAUACAUCUGUCAAUCUGAUAAGUAAGAUGCAGGUGAAGUGUUGCCGUAUAUCUGCGGAUGGUGACUGAUGCUGUUGUAUUUUAUCCAGCUCCCCUGGUCUCCGAAUGGAGAAUUAUUUCAUUUGUUGAAUAUAAUAUAUAUAUAUAUAUAUAU